AGAUCAGAUUAGUUAUAUAUAGCUUAAGUAUUUGACAUUAUUUGGUUAUAAAUCAAUGCUGCUAUCUUAGCCUAAAUAAUGAGAGUGGAACAAAUUAUUCUGCUUUUAUGAUUCAAGAUUCCCAAACUUUUUCCUCAGAACUUCAUCAUGAGGUUCAAAGCUUCAAUUGUGUUUGGUGCAGCUAUUGCAAUAGCCACUCUAAUUCUACUCUAUCAAAUUGUAAGCCUUCCACCAGACAAUAACUCUGCAGUCCCACACCAGCUCCAGGGCUUUGAUUCUUUGGAGUCACGAAUCAAGAAGUUGGAGCAGGAUAUUGCCAUAAACCACAAUACAAUUAAUGAAAUCCAUGGCCUUAUGAAGAAGAUCAAUGGUCCAAAUUCCGCAGCAGCCCCUGGGCCAGACUCAGCAUAUUUACUCCCUAAACUGAAUAGACCUGUAGCUGGAACUGACAGUGGUGCAACAUUCACCCAAGAAGCUGCCAUUCAGUUCAACACAUCUGUGGCCAAACUGCAGGAAGCUGAUUGCUCUUUCGCCCAAUCACCAUCUUCAGCAGUUGAUAUUUUGAUGGAAGAUGUAUACAAGUCCCUGCCAUUUGAAAAUCCUGAUGGCGGGGCAUGGAAGCAGGGCUGGGACGUGACGUAUGACCGCAGCCAGUGGACUCCUGAGAAGCCUUUGAAAGUAUUUGUAGUUCCUCACUCUCAUUGCGACCCAGGUUGGAUCAAGACUUUUGAGCGCUAUUAUUCUGACCAAGUAUCUCACAUUCUGGACAACAUGGCUCGUAAGCUACCUGAAGACAGUCGCCGCCGCUUCAUUUGGGCAGAAAUCUCAUUCUUCUCUAUGUGGUGGGAGCGUCAAACACCAACUGUUCAAAAUACUGUUAGAAAACUCGUAGCACAAGGGCAGCUGGAGAUAGUGACUGGUGGCUGGGUCAUGCCUGAUGAAGCCGUCACCCACUACUGGUCCAUCAUAGACCAGCUCAUCACUGGCCAUGAGUGGCUCCGUACUCACCUCAACGUCCGACCAAAUAAUGGCUGGUCCAUCGAUCCUUUUGGGGUGAGUCCUACACUAGCCUACAUCUUGAAGCGGUCUGGGCUGGAGAACAUGCUGGUGCAGCGCACUCACUACGCAAUAAAGAAGCAUUUUGCCACCAACAAAAACCUGGAGUUCCGCUGGAGACAGUCUUGGGAUCCUGAGUCGAGUACAGAGAUUCUGUGCCACAUGAUGCCGUUCUACAGCUACGACAUCCCACACACCUGCGGCCCUGACCCUAAAGUGUGCUGUCAGUUCGACUUCAAGCGCCUGCCAGGCUCACGUGUCACUUGUCCUUGGCGUAUUCCUCCUCAGCCCAUCACGCCACAUAAUGUGCAGUCCAGGGCGGAGAUGUUGCUGGACCAGUACCGUAAGAAGGCUCAGCUGUACCGCACCAACGUUCUGCUGGUGGUGCUGGGGGACGACUUCCGCUAUGACACCAGCGACGAGUGGGACGCGCAGUUCACCAACUAUCAGCGGCUCUUUGACCACAUGAACGCUCACUCUGACUAUAAUGUUCAGGCACAAUUCGGGACGCUGUCUGAGUAUUUCCACGCCCUACGUGAAGAAAGUCGCAGCACCCAACAGCAACAGCAGCAGGGCAGCGCUGGGGAGGACGAAGAGGCGCUUUUCCCAUCUUUUGCUGGGGACUUUUUCAGUUAUGCAGACAAAGACGACAACUAUUGGACUGGCUACUUCACCUCACGGCCUUACUACAAGGCUAGAAGUCGCAUGCUAGCUGCCAAGAUCAGGGCUGCCGAGAUCUUGUUCAGCAUGGCUGUGGGUAGCAGCGAUACUGUGGUGGUGGGCAGCGUGGCAGAGCGCCUGCAGGCGCAGCUCAUCGAGGCUCACAAAGCUUUGGGUCUUUUCCAGCACCACGACGGCAUCACCGGCACCAGCAAAGACCAUGUGGUGCUCGACUAUGCCAACAUCUUACUGAACGGCAUCCAGACGAGUGAACACGUCAUGCAAUACGUCGCUCACACGCUGCUCUCCCCCGACCGCGAGGCGCCAGCUCCUGACGCCGUGCUGCUGGAGGUGUCAGAGAAGCACGAGGGCGCCAGCGCUGUCAGCACGCCCCGAGUGCUGACACUGGAGGGGCGGGGUAGGGGAGGUGUGGUUGUCUUCAACCCACACCCUCACACCUACCGGGGACUCGUGACCAUCAGGGUCAACACUCACCUGCUGAAGGUGGUGACGGCGUCCAACGAGCCUGUACUGUGCCAGGUGGACCCCGUGCUGGAUGGGCUCAUGGCUGGGGAGGCGUUCGACGUGAGCUUCCCCGUGACCCUCGCCCCGCUUUCCCUCACGCGCUUCUUCCUCACCAGACACGAACAAGUCGAUCGCAGAUUCGUGAAGUACUCGACAGUGACGGUGAGGAAUGAGCUGCCUCCGUCCCUACCUUCUGCCUUCAGCACGGCCAGCGUCUCUUCAUUACAGCUGACGAUGAAGUGCGGCACCACGCGAGUGUCCAUCAACGAGAAGGGCCUCAUGGAGUCCAUCACGAGGGACGGCCAUCAGCAGUCUCUGUCCAUUCAAUUCGUUCGUUAUAAUGCCCGGUCCGAGCGCGAGACCAGCGGUCCGUACCUGUUCCUUCCCGCAGGCCCAGCAGAGGAGCUGGCCAUAUCUUCUCCCCCAACCCUGCUGGUGCAGGGGCCUCUGAGAGCUGUCCUCACUGCCAAGCUCCCUCUUCUCGCGCACAACCUCAUCUUAGAGAACUCUCCUGGAUUGGCGAGCGAUGUGCUCACGGUGCGUAACUUGGUGAACAUCCGCAGCACCAAGAACUAUGAGCUGGCCAUGAGACUUGUGUCUGAUGUGGACAACGGGGAAACGUUCUUCACAGACCUCAACGGUUUUCAGAUUGUGCGUCGUGUGCGGGAGUCGAAGCUGACCCUGCAGGGCAAUUACUACCCCAUCGCCAGCCAAGCUUUUAUUCAGGACAGCCACAAGCGCCUUACCAUCUUGACGGGUCAACCGCAUGGAGGAAGCUCGCUCGCGCCCGGCCAACUUGAGGUGAUGCAGGACCGUCGCCUCAUGCAGGACGACUUCCGCGGGGCGGAGCAAGGCGUCACCGACAACGUCAUCACCCCUAACGUCUUCCGCAUCUUGCUUGAGCGUCGGGACUCUGUGCCCGGAGCUGCAGGGGCUGUGUCGCGUAACAGCUUCCCAUCGCUGCUGGCAGAGCGCGCCCUGCAGGAGCUGCUCUUCCCGCCCGUCUCUCUCCUGAACACCGCUGAGUCGAGCGGCCUGAAGCAGACGUGGGUCGGUGGUGUGCGAGACGUGGCCUGCGACGUGCAGCUGGUGAGUCUACACUCCAUACGCGGCCACGUGGGCGGGGGAGCCGCUGCUGGGGCCGCUGCAGCUCUCACCCUCCGUCGUGCUGCCUUCGACUGCUCCUUCCCUCCACCCCGUGCUGACUGCAGUACUAAUGGUGGCAAGGUGCAGCUGAGCGAAGUGUUGGGUUCAUCGUUCAGCGAAGAAGUCCGGCAGUCAACUCUGUCUCACCUCUACGCGGGCGUCAACAUCACUAAAUCUUUUGUGCUCACCCUUCAGCCUAUGGAACUUUACACCUUCCUGCUCGCAUCGCCUCCCAGAACUCCGGCCCUCCCUUAGAACCGCCCUCAGAACUCCGGCUCUCCCUUAGAACCUCCCUCAGAACUCCGGCCCUCCCUUAGAGCUUCCCUCAGAACUCCGGCUCUCCCUUAGAACUUCCCUCAGAACUCCGGCCCUCCCUUAGAACUUCCCUCAGAAAUCCGGCUCUCCCUUAGAACUUCCCUCAGAACUCUGGCUCUCCCUUAGAACCUCCCUCAGAACUCCGGCUCUCCCUUAGAACCUCCCUCAGAACUGUCGUUCUUAACCAUCUUUUUACGUGUGAUAUUACCCGCUACCAAGUCUGUGUUUGGUGUGUAAAUGAUGGUUAACCAUCAUCGCGGUUCAUCACCAUACACCAGGGCUACAGGCCAUUCGCCCACGAUCCCAUCUCAUCACGUGUGAUAUUUAUUCUCUUGUGUAUUAAAACCAAAAAAUAAGAAGUCCUGUUAUAAUUUUACUUUGAAAUGAAUGAUAAUUAGAAAACUUAAAUCUUGAUAUAAUUGUUCAUAAUGAUGACUUGUGUAAUAAAUUCAUAAGAACAGAACUAUCCGUCGCAUAAUAAUUGCUUGUAGUAAGCUAAGCAAGAACAUAUCUUCUUUCUCUAGUCUGUGUUCUGGUUAGGACGAUUAUCUGGCAUUAUGAGAAGAAAUUAGCUUAUCAUUAGCAUAUGAGAAGAAAUUAUGAU